CCUGAACCAGCAGAGACCAGAGACCAGCUCAGGUCCACACGCCAACGCUCGUAACCACCUCAUAGAGAGAGAACUAGGGAAAUUAGGCACAAAAGGAACAAAGAACGAUAACCAAAUCAAGACAAGAAGAGAGGAAACAGACAAACCUCAAGAAGACGUCCCAGGUGAUCCUGCUCCCUGUGCAGAGGUGGAGCAGCAUGGCGUUGGCACUGCAGGUAGUGGGUCUGAUUCUGGGCGUGGCAGGAUGGUGUCUACAGUCCAGUUGUACGUCAUCCCAGGUGUGGAAAAUGAGGAGUCAGGCGGAGUCCAUCAGCAGCAGCCAGUGGCAGUUUGAAGGUCUGUGGAUGAGCUGUGCUGCCACGUCUCUGGGCUCGCUCCAGUGCAACCGCUUCAAGACGACACUGGGGCUGCCUGUUCACCUGCAGACCUGCAGGGCUCUGAUGGUCCUGUCAGUGCUGUUCAGUUUUACUGCCAUCAUCAUCUCUGUGCUUGGACUCAAAUGCACCAAGAUUGGCAGAGUGUCAGAGCCAGUGAAGGAACAGAUCGCUCUGAGCGGAGGAAUCCUUUUCCUCUUGUCUGGCGUCUUCACUCUGACUGCAGUGUCCUGGUACGCUGCCAGGGUCAUCAAUGACUUCUACGACCCACUGUACGGAGGAGUCAGGUUUGAACUGGGUACUGGUCUGUACCUGGGCUGGGCGUCUUCUUGUCUUGCGGUACUGGGCGGUUCAAUGCUGUGCUGCUCCUGCAGGAAGAUGCAGUCAGUCCCUGAUACGCGACAGUUCUCCUACAAAUACUCCACUAACAGUGGUGGAGCCAGCAUCUACAGAGCAGCUGUGCCUCUGGACAGCAGCAGCACCAAAGCCUACGUGUGAACACUGUUGGAACUGAAGAUCAAACUUUGACCUUCUCUUUGUUUUGAACACCAUGAACACAUGGUGUUCAUCCAUUUGUACCACUGACAUUUGAAGAAAUACUUCUGUUGUAAAUAAACAGUUUCAACCAUCA